AAAAUGGUAUAAGAAAGAUGAAGAAGAUCGUGGCACUGGAAAAGGAAAUUUCUAUGUUGAAGCAACAAUUAGAUUUAAAAAAUACAACGACACACAAAUCACCAUUGAAACAACCAUGUCUUAGUUACACCUAUGAAGCUGCAGAGACAAAUUCUUAUGUGUGCGGAAUGUUCACGAAUUAUCUGCACCAUACAAAGGAGGAAGAUGAUAGCAUGAAAUUAUGGCAUGAAACAAACGAUGGAAUGUUUUGGGCACUUAAAGGCCAUAGGGUAGAAAAUAGCCAGUUUGGAAUUGUUGGGGUACAAGUUGCAGGUUGUAAAUUACAUUUGAAUGUUCUUAUCAGAGAUUCGGUUGAGGUGCAUCAUUAUUAUAAUUUGCGGGAAUCUGAAAUACCGAUUAGAUAUUCAAACAAUCCUUCUAUUCUAGAGGAAUUCAUAAAUACUUUGCUAAUUUUAUGGAAUAUCUUAAUAGUUAAUAUGUCCUUAUUAUGUACUACACGUCCAUGUAGAUCAAGUAGAAAUUUAGAAGAUAGUUUGACUAUAUCAUCUGAUAUUGAAUAA